AUGCGGCCUCCUUCCUUUUCUGGUGCCGAAGGACCUUUAGCAGCAGAGGAGUUUCUCAAGGUCACAGAGACUAUUCUCACGGUGACCCGCAUCCCCCAUGCUGAAUGGGUGGACCUCAUGGAUAUUCAGCUCACCGAUACCGCUCGGAUUUGGUGGACUGUAGAGAAGACUCAUUUGGAGAGGCCCAUCUUGUGGGAGACGUUCACCGAGCGCUUCAACAGGAAAUACUUUCCUCAGUCAGCUCGGGAUGAACUCCUACGAAGAUUUGUUGAGCUCAAGCAAGGAGGGCAAACAGUAGAUGAGUACGAGGCCGAGUUUUCUUCUUUAAGCCGAUAUGUUCCCCACUUGGUGACAGACCCUACUAUCAGGAGGCAUCAGUUUCAGAAGGGCCUGGAUAAGUAUAUCAGGUUUGCUCUGGCUGGUAGAGCACUUGCGACGCACGAUGCAGUACUAGAUGCAGUACGGGAGAUUGAGAGCAUGCAUAAGGAACCUGAAGACUCUCACGUGAUUCAGAGCAGGACACCAGCAGCUCCGGCCCGGAAUGUCGAGCGUCCCCCUCCGCGACAGAUUAUCUUACAAUAG